AUGUCUAAAUUUUUGUCCAAAAUCAUUCAAAUAACAUCUGGAAAUCUGCAGGCUAAACACAUUCACACCGUAACCACAAUGUCUAAAAGAAAUAGCUUUCACAGGGCUCCAAAAUUUAAACCUGAAAUUAAGGUGGUGAAUAAUUCUCCCAAGACCGUUGCUAUGACUAGUAGAAAGGAGAAAGUCGAAGUUCUUCCUGAGCCCAUAAAAUCUGUAUCGGAUAAAAAACUUUACAAGACAAUAAGGCUAGAAAAUGGACUGACAGCACUUCUCAUAUCAGACCCAAGUCGACAAUUUAUUGCUGAUGAAAACAGUUCAAGUGAAGAGGAGAGCAGCGGCACUGAUGAGAGUUCUGGGCAGGAGAGUGAUGGGGCCAAGUCAGGCCAGUCAGCUGCCAGUGACCAACAUGGAAUUAAGAGACGUGCCGAGUUUGAUGAAGAAAAACUGGCAGCAUGCGCUCUUUGCGUGGGAGCAGGCAGCUACAGCGACCCUCCCGAUAUCCAGGGACUGGCGCAUUUCGUGGAACACAUGGUGUUUAUGGGCAGCGAGAAAUAUCCUAAGGAAAAUGAGUUUGAUUCAUUCAUUAAGAAAAAAGGGGGAUCCGAUAACGCAUCGACAGACUGUGAAGUGACGACCUUCUAUUUCGAGAUCCAAGAGAAGCAUUUGCCUCACGCGAUGGAUAUGUUCAGCCAGUUCUUUGUCAGUCCGCUUAUGAAGAAGGAGGCCAUGCAGCGAGAACGAGAGGCCAUCGAGUCUGAAUUCGCGAUCGCAUCGCCUUCGGAUUCCAAUCGCAAAGACCAGCUGCUGUCGAGCUUAUUCCCGGAGGGGCAUCCGGCUCGGACGUUCACCUGGGGCAACUUGCGCAGCUUGAAAGAUGAUAUACAAGAUGACGAAAAGCUGAAUCAGGCUGCCCAUGAGUUCAGGAAGCGACAUUACAGUGCGCACAGGAUGACGGUUGCUGUUCAGGCUCGCAUGGAACUGUCAGCCCUAGAACAAUACGUUAUAAACACAUUUGGACAAAUUCCCACGAAUAAAUUGCCUGCGGAUGAUUUCGGGGAGUUUGCAUUCAAACCGGACACAGUUACACCAGAAUUCAGAAGUAUUUACUACGUGAAGCCCGUUAGCGAUACCACGGAGAUACACUUGACGUGGUGUAUGCGCUCCCUGCUGUCCGAAUAUGAAUCGAAACCGCAUCAAUAUAUUUCAUACCUAUUGGGACAUGAGGGCAAAGGAAGUUUACUGUCAUACCUAAGAAAGAAGGUAUGGGCUUUAGGUAUAUAUACUGGUAACUCAGAGAGUGGCAUCGACUAUACAUCAAUGUAUAGUUUAUUUUCCACGCAAGUUGUACUUACUAAAGAGGGUCUCGAUCAUAUUGACGAGGUUCUAGAAGCAAUAUUUUCAUAUAUUAAUAUGUUGAAGACAAUCGGACCGAAAGAACGCAUAUAUGAUGAAAUAAAGACUAUAGAAGAGACAAGUUUUCGUUUUGAAGAGGAAUCUCAACCGUCGGAUUAUGUUGAAACUUUAGCGGAAAAUAUGCAUUUCUUCCCAUCCGAGCAUUAUAUCACCGGCGACAGACUGUAUUACAAAUAUGACCCUAAGGGAAUAACAGAACUAUUGGAGUGCAUGAGAGCAGACGCUGUCAACAUAAUGAUCUUGUCGAACAAACACACUGUGCCCAUACAGUACGACGCUAAAGAAAAGUGGUUCGGAACUGAAUACAAGAGAAUAGAUGUCCCAACACCGUGGCUCGAUAGAUGGUUAACAGUGAAACCCUACGAACAAUUUAAUUUGCCCGAUAAAAAUAUCUACCUCACUACAAAUUUCGAUCUGAUUCCGCCCGCAAUACCUUAUCUAGAAGAGGCAGAGAGACUUGGAAUCGAUCUUACAAAUAGUUCUAUUAAAGAUAUACAUAAAAAAGUGUCGGCGAGUGAGAGAACUAGUGUUGUGUUACAGCAAGGAGAUUUGAUUGCAACUGUAAAUCAUUUUAGGUUAGAUCAACCCAAUCUGCUGCGCAAAAACCGUCACAUGGAACUAUGGUACAAACCCGACUUCAAGUUCCGAUUUCCCACUGCGCUGUUGUAUUUGUAUUUCAUCACGCCAUUAAGUCUGAAGUCUCCUCGAGAGGCUUGUCUAAUCGAUCUGUGGACAGAUGUAUUGCAGCAAGGACUUAAGGAAGAAGUGUAUCCAGCGAAUAUGGCGGAUUUGUCGCAUUCAUUGUACGUAUCCGACAAAGGUUUGACGCUGAAGGUCAACGGCUACAGUCAAAAUUUACACUUGCUGGUGGAGCUCGUGACACGUGAAAUGCGGAAGUCGACCACAAAUCUCACGCCUGAGAUGUUCGAAGCGGUGCGGGAAGUGCGUGCGCGCACGUACCACAACGUGCUUAUCAAACCGCACAAGUUGGCUAAGGAUGUUCGGAUGAACAUUUUACUGCAGCCGUAUAUUUCGCCACGAGAUAAGGCGAUGAUUGUACAGAAUGUAACCCUGUCUGAUCUGAAGGAUUUCACCGAGAGGUUGUUGGACAGGUUAUACGUACAGAUACUGGUUCAAGGCAAUCUGGCGUGGCACGAAGCUAUCAAAAUAUCUGAAAAUGUUUUGCAUAACAUCAAAUGGGAGGGCAUAUCGGAAAAAGAAAUGCCGGAGAUUAAAGUGUACCAGUUACCUCUAGGCGAGCGUAAGAUUAGGGUUCUCAGCCUGAACCCCGCUUCCACCAACAGCAUCGUCACCAACUAUUAUCAGGGUGAGAGUACUACGUCGAAAGAUACCGCUACUUUGGAAGUUUUGAUGAUGCUAAUGGAAGAACCAGUCUUUGACGCGCUGCGGACAAAAGAGCAAUUGGGUUACAGCGUUUUCAGCAUGAUGCGGUACACCUUUGGUGUCCUUGGCUUCUCUGUCACCGUCAACACGCAGGUUGACAAAUUCAGCGUAUCGCACGUAGAUAGUCGUGUUGAGGCGUUCUUGAAAAAGUUCGCUCGGAGCACCAAACGUGGUGGUGAAAAAGCGCUGGCCGCCGCGCGGAGGUCGCUCGUGCAGUUAAAGCACACCACCGACUAUGAGCUCAAGGAUGAGGUUGAAAGAAAUUGGCGGGAGAUUGUGAGCCGGGAAUACCAGUUCCAAAGAUUAUUUAUGGAGGCGGAGUCGAUAGAAAAAAUAAGACUGGCGGACAUAAUGAGCUGGAUUGAAAAUCAUUUCUCCACUGGGAAUAAAUCUCAGUUCAGAAAAUUAUCUGUACAGAUCGUGGGCAACAAACCUAAAGAGGACAACGCAAUAAACGCGGAAGUACAACCAAAGAAUUACAGUUUGAUAUACUUGGACGCCAGCGAGCCAAUAGGGGACUCUUACGAAAACAGCGCAGAUUUCAUCAAAGACAUAGACGAGUUCAAAAAAGAUCUGCCAAUCAUAAAUGUUCCCAGAGUGGAGCUAGCUCAAUGUUGACAGGGUUGUAGAAAUGUGAAGAAAUUUAUGUACUGUUAAUUUUUUACCGCAACACUGCCAGCCUCUUUUAUUUAUCUGGUCUAUAGGUAUUCCAAAUUCUAGAUUUGCAGUAGUGAUUAACAAAACAUUUAAUUAAAUUUUUCCACUUUCCUGAUAGACUGAACCCCUUCUUUUCCCCUUCUUUGAUAGACUGCACGCUUCACUGCGUUUUAAAUCGUCUCGUCUUAGGGUGUCUAGGAUGUAUCUGAAUACUUCGUAUUUAUUUAUUUUACCAAUGAACAAAAAAUAAUUUAAAAAUUACGUCGCCGUUGUAAAUCGAUAAAAGGGCCACGUGUUACAAUACAUACAUAAUAAAAAUAUUAAUUUCAACUCAUACCCACUUCUUUUCAUCAUACUAAAGGGUACUUUUCUAUUUCUGACAGUCUCUACAGGGUGUUUCUUUACUUACUCCGAAUUUAUUUACUUUACCAUAGAAUAUACGAUAUUUAAAAAUAAGACUCCGCUGUGAAAUGUGUAAUUUAUAAAUAUUAAUUUCCAACAACUAGCCAGAAACAUCGGUUUAAAAAUCUUGCAUUAUGGGGAUGCAAAAAUAUAGUUAACCUAUAAGAAUGAAAGAGAUAGACAGAUAAAAGGCUUCAUAGAGUAGGGGUACUUAUAGAAUUUACUGAGACUGACACACAACUGUUUUGGCGGUCCAGGAACCCAUCCAGAAUAAUGGCAACUCAACCAUAUUUGUAACACAUUUGUUACUUUAAAAUAAUUAGACAAUAACUCGUUGUUGGAGUGUAUAUUAAAUAUAUUAAACUGUAUUUAAAAUGCUUGUAACCAAUACGCAUAAUAUCAACCUAAAUAUUAAAUAUAUAAAAAAGUCCGACCAUACUUUAAUUAAACGUAGAUAGAUAGAUAAUCAAUUAAUAGAAGUUUUGUUACGAAUCUAGAUGCAAAUUAAAAACGUUAUGUUGCGGUUUUAAUUUACGCUCGGAUUCUUAAUAUUAUAUUUAAUGUGUACUUAUUAACAUAGUUUCUAAAGACAGAUACGAACUUAACGAUUGUAAAAAAUCUAUUUAUGUAUGAAAUAUAUAAUUAAACUUAAAUGACAGGUCAAUAAUAUUAUUGCCUAAAACCUAUUAUUUCUUAUAUGCAAUUACUGUAAUAUAAAGUCUGCAUCCCAAUGUAGAGUAAAUUUCAUUAACUCUGUUAUUAUUUUAAAUACUUGAUUUUUUAUUACACUAGCGAAUUCUUAAAAUAGUAUAGAUCAUUUUAAUAUUUUUUGACUUGUUCUAAUGUAAUAUACUAUAUAUUUUUCUGGGUAACUACUGCUCAGCCUAAUAAAUCGAGUAAUAAUGUAUUACGUACUACCAAAGCAUUAAAAUCCAACAAAUAUCACGUUGGUGACAACGCUGUGAUAGAAUAAGGCACGAGUUCCCAACCUUUUUAAGCUAGAAGCGCACUUCGAGCUUAAGAAAUUUGUCACGACGCCCGCGCCCUAACCUAGCUACUUAAAGUAGAAAGGCACUUGUUAGUUAGGCAGAUGGAGCAACAAAUAAAUAAUCCUCAUUAUGAAACUAAUAAAUAUUAUAAUUAUGGAAUAAAUAAUUACUUUUGGAGGUUGGCCGUCAACUCUGCAAACUUAUCUCUGAUAACUUUAUAAUUUUUUGCAAUCGGCAAAAUUUAACUGAAUUAAGGGGAUAGCCAUUUAGUCAGAAAUAAUCAAAUUCAAAAUCAAUAUUCAUUUUAGGCCUAGCCAGGCCUAGUUUCUAAGCACUUUUGAAAUGUCAAGUCAGUCUGUUUGUAGUGGUUAGAAAGGCAGAUUCCACUGACAAUAUCAGUCAGUGGAAUCUAAAUCUAUUUCUAUUCAGUCUAAAAUAUAUUUUUUUAAUUACGAAAAACUACACACACAGAUUGUUAAUUGUUUGAAUUAUUUAAAUCUAAUUUAGCAGCACUCAGCCUCUUAAGAGCCCCCUCCGCUAUCGCUGGCGAUAUUUAACAUAUGUCCCAAAAGCGGCCCAGCUAUUGGAAUUUUCUCUUGAUGGUUUUCAGUAAAACCUGGCUUCUGGCAACAUGCCGGAUUACUCUCAAUGCUGGAAACCUUCUGUGUUACCACCUCAUUUCAAAGCUUUUGAUAAACUAUUUGCAGUUAAAUUGGCCACAAAGCAAAGCGUAGAACUUCGUUUGGGACGUCCUUUUCUUAUUUAGUGCGUAAUACAUCAUUACUCAAAGACUUUAUACAGUACCUCAAUCAGUUUAAUAAAUCGAGCAUGACUUAAGUUAACGCUUCUAUUUGAACAAUAAAAUGGAAUAUGUUUUCAA